CAGAAAGAGCUUGAGAAUAUUAUGGCCAGCGUCAGAUCCUUGUCUUUUUAUUACAAGUUAGUAGAUAAGAUUGGUGAAGGUACCUUUAGUACAGUAUACAAAGCUAUCGAUAUACGGCAUGAGCGGUACAAAAAUGAGGAUUGGGAAGCUCAGUUGAUCAGUGGAGCUUCGGUUGGAAGAAAAAUAAGAGGGCGUGAAGGAGCAACAGAUGCACAAAUAAAAAACAGAAGCAAAUUUGUUGCCCUCAAAAGAGUUUACGCUACCAGUAGUCCAAAACGAAUUGCAAGUGAAAUCGAGGUUCUACAACAAUUAAGAGGCUGUCCGUGUAUCACCCCGUUAAUCACUGCAUUUCGACAACAAGAAGAAGUAUUUGUCGUCCUGCCUUAUAUUCAACACGAUGAAUUUAAGAAAAUAUUCUUACAAAUGCCAAUGGAGGAUAUAAAGUGCUAUAUGCGUUGCAUGUUCACUGCUCUAAAGAGCCUCCACAAGCUCAAGAUUCUUCACCGAGAUAUCAAGCCAAAUAACUUUCUCUACAGCUCACGCGACAAGAUGGGCAUACUAAUUGAUUUUGGUCUUGCACAGGUGAGCAUUAUUUUUUCUAUCUAUUUUUUUCUUGCUACUACGCCCUCCGGACCAAGCAAAUUACCGAUUAGAAGAAUACCUUCGAGUAUAGACCAAACAGACAAUCCAAAAGUUCGAGGGUACAUGAUAAAUGAUCAACGACGAGCAAUUCGUGCCAACAGAGCGGGUACAAAAGGAUUCAGAGCACCUGAAGUAUUAAUGAGAGUCGUAAAUCAAACGACUGCGAUUGACAUUUGGUCUGUUGGUGUAAUAUUCUUGUCUAUACUUUCUGGAAGUUAUCCGUUUUUCUUGGCUAAUGACGAGGCAGAUUCACUCAUAGAAUUGGCAUGUCUGUUUGGAUCCAAUGCAAUGAAAGAAUGUGCAAGAUUUCACAAUCGUACAUUUGAAACAAAUAUCCCAUCUAUCAAUCAAGGACCUUACAAUCUGGGCAGUAUUUGUAAAACCUUGAAUUCACGGAUGUUUGAAGCCUGGAAUCAAACCGAUCUAAAGAACGCAAUCGAUCUGAUGACCAAGUGCCUAGCUCUAAAAAGUGAUGAGCGGAUUACUGCAGCUGAAGCUUUAGAACACCCAUUCCUCAAAUAGGUGGUGGUUUUUAGUAGUAAAUAAUUUGAUGAUAAUAAUAAUGAUAAUAAUAACAAUAUAUUAUUUUAUUUUAUUUCCUU